AUGGACUUCCUCCACCUUUCUCGAUCGUCCGACAAACUAGAUCUCACCCUGACAUUCGCCCAGUCGCUCGAUGCGAAGAUUGCUGGACAGAAUGGCAGCCAGAUUGCUCUGUCGUGCUCAGAAUCCAUGCAGAUGACACACCGUCUCAGAUCCCUCCACGAUGCAAUCUUGGUGGGCGCUAACACCGCUAUAAAUGACAAUCCUCAGCUCAAUACCCGUCUGCUGCCUGUCGAGGAUCAGAAAAAUCCCCGUCCUAUCAUCCUCGACACAAAUUUGCGUCUCGGUCCAAACUGCAAGCUGCUCCAAAACUAUGCUUCCGGAAGAGGCGUGCAACCGUGGCUCCUGACCCCAGGUUCAGACGAUCCAGACUGGCUGAAACGGAAAUCCCUAUUGGAGGAUGCCGGGGCACGAAUCGUAAUCUAUGCGCCAUCAGGAGGUCCCCGCGCCGACGACGUACCCUCCAUUCUCGCCUCGCUCUCGACCAAUGGCAUUAGAUCCCUGAUGGUAGAAGGAGGGGCCGCAGUCAUCCAGUCCUUUGUCACCGCACAUCUCAAAUACGGGCGUAUCAUCGACCGCGUCAUCAUCACCGUAGCACCUGUCUUCGUCGGAGAAGGUGUAACUUAUACUUUCCCUGUCUCGAACGAGGGUCCACCUUUCGUCCACAAGCAGACCUUCUUAGCGGGAACGGACGCUGUUAUGGUACUUGAUUGUAAUCCAUAA